CUAAGUCAAUUAACAAAUGCUCCAGACCUUCAUUAAUAAAUUAAUUGACAUCUUUUGAAAUACUUUGUCAAACAAUUAAAAUAUCGGUUUCUAAUACCAGUUCUUUUUUUGUUGUGGAUAUUUGACGGAACUAAUUUUGUAAAUUAAACGCGGAAAAUAAUAAUGGGUAAAGAUGAAAUUAAUGCUCUUCUCUCAGUAAUACACGCUCCAAGCAUAAGCCUCAUGCUCAUGACCACAGCGAUUGUAUUUUUCGUAACAUGUGCAGUUAUAGGAUUAUUAAAACUUCAAUGGAAUGGUGAAAACUUGUGGUACAUUAUUCAAACUAUUUAUCAUAGAAUAUAUGAUCAUUAACAUACAAACCACAAUGUUUUAUGGAAAAACACUGAUUACUUCAAUGCAUCAUUAUAUAUUUGUGGGAUUGAAUUCGUGGAUGGAUAUUACAAGUGUAAUCAAAUAAAUCCAAGGGAAAAAGUAAUAUUUAUUAUAACAUAUAAUUGUAUUCAUCUCAUUCACUUAUUAUUUUCAUAUUCUUUUAAUACACUAUAUUUCCUAAUGACGUUUUUCUAUUUCAUCUCUAAUAACUAUACAUAGUAAGAUGAUAACAGUGCCAAUAUAGAUUUAUUGAGUAUUUGAAAGAUUAUAUAACCUGUAUCAAUUCAUUUUAAUGAAGAUUUUCAAGUCCUUAUUCAAAAUUAUAAUCUCUUAAUAAGCUAAAAUAACAAAAUCAGAAGCUACUGGAAAAUGAUGCAUAUUUUGUAUGAUAUGUACUUCAUUCACCUUUUGAAGAGUUAUCAUCACUAAAUAUAUUUACAUUCUUUGCAGACUAUUAA